CAGGCAUAUUAAAAAAUUAAUAUUUUUCAAAAGGCAUUCCUAAUACCAAUCAUGAGGUUUCUUUCUUUAUUAUGCUUUGUUGUGUGUGCAUUAUUUGUGAAUUCAAAAAACGUACCUGCAGAUAAUGUAUCUGAAGUAUUUUUAAAGAAUCGCGAAAAUUUUGCAAAUGGUUUUGAUGGAAGUUUACCUUCUCUGGAUCCUCUGAAUGUUGAUAGUUUUUCUGUGGUUGCAAAUACACCAUUUGGCCAGACAAAAAGUACACUACAGCAUGUAUCGUUCAAGGGUUUCAAUUCAUUUGAUAAAAUUAAGAGUCAUACAAGUCCAAACGGCAAUUUUGCUAUACAAAUUCAUGUACCAAAAAUAGAAAUGGCAGGAGACUACACUACUGUGCCUGCUGUUCUCGAUGUUGCUGGUGGCCAAUUAAAAGCAACACUAAAUGAUAUCACAAUUAAUAUUGCUGGCGAAACACAAAAAAGUAAAUCUACGAUCAAAUUCAAUAAUGUUCACGUACAAAUCGUGUUCAAAGCACCAACAACAAAUAUUGAACUAAAAGGAAAAAAUAUUACUGAAGAAUAUUUAAAAACAUUCAAACCACUUUUAGCUUCUAAAAUGGGUUCACUUUUAUCACAAGCCACUAAAGUUUAUCAGUCCGAAAUUUCCGAGUUUGUUGCUAAUUACCUCAAUGCUAUGCAUGAAGGCACUGUUAAGCUUCUGUAGAAACAUGUGAAAAAAUAAAUAAAGUUUU